AGGAAAUCACGCGAAUGUUCGCGAUACUUGCAGCUACUCUUGCUCGCGUUGUGGAAACGCUUACACGAGGCCUCACUCCUUGAACAGGCACAUUAGAUUCGAGUGCGGUGUCGAGCCGCAAUUCGAGUGUCCCAUAUGUCACAAGAAGUCGAAACACAAGCACAACUUGCUUCUUCAUAUGAGAACUCAUCAGAAACCUUAAUUUGGAAGAUGCUGAAGGAUUUGGAAGAUGGGCCACCGUUUUUGUGUCCGAAAUGCGGUCGUACUUAUUCCCACAAGUGCAACCUAACCAGGCAUUUACGGCUGGAAUGCGGCGUUGGGCCAAGAUUUCAAUGCGCCUGGUGUAAGAAGCGAUUCAAGCAUCGACAUCACCUGCGGGAUCAUCAGAGGAUCCACCUCUAUUCGAAUUGCACGUUUGAAUUGCGAAAUUGAAAUAGUACUCUCCCUAUAAUCUAUACGCUUGCUUGUCUUUUUAUAUUUCACGCGAUAGUCUGAUUAUUCGAUUAUUUAUUUAUUUAUUUAUUCGUAUCGGGUUGGCAACUAAGUGAUUGCGGAUUCUGUCAUUAGCCGAUAUCGACAAAAUCCGCAAUCACUUAGUUGCCAACCCGAUAUAUCGUUUAUUUAUCUGUUUUGUUUAUGAAAUCGUUCGUUCGUUUGUUCGACUAUUUCUUAGUUUAAAGGAGACAUAUCGUUGCAAUAUUUUUAUUCGAAUUGUUUGAGAUAUUUUUUUAAGGUGCAACAUGUACAAGUUACCCAAAUGCAAUAUUUUCUCGUUAACAGUCCUGUUAACACGUGACUCGUAACGUUAUGCCUUAAAGCGUUAUUUUGUAAGUUCUGCCGUGCAAUGCUACUUGUAAUUGUUUUACGCCUCAUUGAGAUUGCAAUAUUGCGGAGGAAAAGAGGAAGAAAUUUUUCGUAAAAUUAUUAAUUAACCCUCUGCACUCCUAUAUCGAGUGUGACUCGAUAUCAGUUUUUAUCUGAGAAGCUACUUUGUCGAGUUCCACUGGACAUUCUUUCGUGUCCACGUUUCUUUAAUGAAACGUGAUAAUGAAAACCAGGUUUGCUUCCUGGAAAUUGUUUCAAGAUAUAUUAUAUACUUAAAAAUUACAAAAUAUAGCAAUAGUGUGAAUAAAAGUGGUAUUUAAGUGAAUUUGUUUCUUCCUUCGUUUAUUUAAAUUGUCUUAUUUUUUUAGUUAAAGUAAAUUUCAAAUAAAGCGCUUAAAAGCGUUACCAACUGCUGCUAACGAAAGUGAAAUAAAAUUCGGAGUGCAGAGGGUUACAGGUACACGGGGCAUUUAACAGAAAUAAGGAAACUGAGAAACAGAACGGUUAUCCAUCGGUAUGAUUCGAGAAUUAAAUAUGAAAUUCAUUUGUCACAGUAAAUUAUUAAGGAAAUAAUGCCAUUUUAAAGAGUGUUCAAUACGAAAAUAUAUUAUUUUUAUGCGCAUCGUGUGUAUAAAUAGCUCAAGUACUUAAACUAACAAUGACUUGGAAUCAUCCGACUUGGCAUUAAACGAUUGGAUAUUCGAAAAUUAUCCUGUUAAAUAUUCAACGGUAUCUAAGAAACGCAAAGUUAUUUAUUCAAAGUUACAGUACUUUUGAUGUUUGUGAUCGGUGUGAUUGUCAAGUCUGUGCCAAAAAAGAGAUAUUAAUAUAGUAUUUGCUAGCGUGUAAGUCGUAACUGUACACUAAACGUAGACGAGAUAAAUAUAUUUGCACAGAGAGAGACUGGAAUAUUACGCGUAUAGAGGAAGAGCCAGGUGGCCCUAAACGAAUCCGUCUCAAGUUUUUGUAAUUUGGUGCUUCUUGCGUAUUAGCUUAUAGAUCACCGAACUAUGCGAACGGAAAGGUGUUUCGGAAAACAAUUGCAAAUACCUCUUAACCGUGCCAAAGAUACGCCCCCUAGUUUUUAUGUUUUAUGAAAGAUCCACGGGAAAUGACAGAAGAUGGUAUCUUGAUAUCACUGUCGUUAAAUCAUAAGAUGAUAUUCGAAGAUGUAUUUUCAUUGAAAGAAAAGAAUGUAGCGAUUUUACGGAGUAACGAUAUUGCGAUCGUGCAAUAUAAUAAAAUAUCAUUUAGCCACGUCGAAGAAGUAUAGCGUUGAAAAAAAACAAGUUCGUAACAGUUUGGCGAUUAAAGCGAUUAUAACACGCCGUACGAAACGUAUCUGUUGGUAAACGCUUCUUUUAUAAUACGCGUACGAAGGAAAGAAAAAAACAUAACUAUUUUAUCGUAAUAUGAUAAUAUAGAAAUUGCUUACUUUCUGAAUACCGAGUGGGAAAACGAUACCACUUGUGUGAGAGCUUCCGAAGGUCUGAUCGCGGCGAUACUAACACUACAAGUACAAGAUUACGCAAGUCCUCAAAGUAUCUAUUCGCGAAAGUUUUCUUGAUGAUGUUACUUUAAUGAAUUUCCAAGGAAUGAUAAAAAAAAAACAGUGUUUUUUACCGUAGUAUCGUUGUAAUAGUAUCGACGAUUCUGUUGAAACUAACAAUAAGCCAGGUCUUACAGUUCCUUUAUUGUCCGAUGUACGAACACGAAGCUACGUACUAUCUACUUAUAGUUAAGGAAAGAAGAAGAAUUUACGAAAUGUUAGAACAAAGACAAUCCUGUUGUCUUUUAUAGAGGCAAACGGAAGCAGCAUAGUUAUCGAAUAUAUCGCGUACCUAUACUUUCUUUCGGUCACUCAACAACAGCACGAAACAAACGAAUUGCGUUUAUUUAAACCAAGAUCCCUGUACCUUUGCGAACGAAAUAAAUUUACUUUUUACAAAAA